ACCAGAGGUUUGCACAGGCUGAGAAAUUCAGCAGUGAAGGUGGCACUGGAUACUGGAAACCAUCUUCUGCUUUCAUUCACUGGGGAGGCUGACAGCAAUUGGAGCAUCUUUUGGGGGAAUCCUGCCACUCUGGCUCUGCAUCAGCUGCUGGGACCCUCUGGCAUUGGGCACCACCACGUCUUUACAAAAGCAUUUACUAGUCCUUAACAAGGGGAGAGGAGAACUGCUGAGGGGCUUCACCCUGGAAUCCCUGAGUUUGGGAGUGAGUUGGCAAAGCCCCUGUUGAAAGGACAACGAUUUCUCAGUGCUGGCAUUCCAGCUGCACGGCACCGUGUGUGGAAAAACGCAGUGAAGCACCUCACCUCAGAGAGCUGCUGUGAGCAUUGGCCACACCAGCCCAGCUCGGUGCCAGGGUCCGAGGGUGGCUUCCAGCAGAGGUCCACACGGGCUGUAUCCAGAGCCCAGCAUCUCUUCCCCAUCCACGUGGGCCAUGCACGCGCUGUGUGCACUAGCAGGAGUGUCAGUGCAGGGCUGGAAGAAGGUGAGCAGCAAGAGGAGCGGGAUGCAGGCCGUGGAGAGCAUCCCUGCCCGCAGCGAGGAGGGCAAGAGCUGCAGCCUCAAGGGUUAUUUCUGCCGACCUGCCAACAUCAUGCAGAGAUUGGCACGUGGAGGAAGAUGCUUCCGAAAAACAUGCCAGGGUCCAGGCUUGGCGUGGCUGGGCCCACAGAGGUGUUGCUGCGCUCGGGAACCCUGUGCCAUGAUCACAUCCCACAAAACCUGGGAUCUGGGAUACGUGUCCUCUGCAAGAACUGCCUGGAAGACGAAGGACCUUCCCCUAGACGGCUGCGGGCAGGACACACACGUCACCGGGAGUGGAGCAGGUACCUCUCCCCAGGCUUCUCUGCUGCCUGCGCUGGUUCACCAUAAAAUCCUCAGCGUGAGCUGGCUGGACACUGCAAACCCCUGCGGGCACUGCCUGGCUCUCCCGGCCCUACGCGAGGCAGAGAGCCGGCACCAGGCCCCGACACCAGCCACGGAGGAGCCGCCGGCACCCCCUCGUGAGCCGGCAGCUGCCACACCAGUGCAGACAGCCUCCACCAUGAACCUGGAGAAAGCAGGAGGGAGGCUUUGCAGUGGGAAACGCUCCAGUCUGCCAGCAGCCCGGCCCUUCCCGGUGAUCCACAAAGUGAUGGCCUCCAUGGCACAUCUGCAGGAGGAGAAGCUGCGACUACAGGAGGAGCUACUGGGGCUGCAGGAGAAGCUCACUGCCCGGGAGAACGACGAGCUCUCCCGCUCUCUCCAGCUGCAAAGCCAGGUUGAAACUCUGAAGACGAAGCUCCUGGAGCAGGCGCAGGAGAUCAGCCGGCUGCGCUCAGAGCUGGGCGGCACGGACACGGAGAAGCACCGGGACCUGCUGGCGGCUGAGAACGAGCGCUUGCGGCAGGAGAUGAAGGCUUGCGAGGGGGAGCUGCGGGAGCUGCGGCGGCAGCAGCAGGUGCCGUGCCAGGGCUGUGCCCACCUCCAGGAGAACGCAGAGCUGCAGGAGCGGGUAUCCCAGCUGCAGCGGGAGGCAGAGGAGAUGCGGGCCAAGCUGGCAGAGCUGGAGCUGGAGGUGCAGCAGAAGACAAACCGCUUGGCCGAGGUGGAGCUACGACUGAAGGACUCCCUGGCUGAGAGAGCUGAGGAGGAGGAGCGGCUGAGCCGGCGGCUGCGGGACAGCCAGGAGACCAUUGCCAGCCUCAAGUCCCAGCCCCAGCAAAUAAAGUACAUUAUCAAGACGGUGGAGGUGGAGUCAGCCAAGGCGAAACAAGCCCUGUGCGAAAGCCAGUCCCGAAACCAGUACCUGCAGGAGCAGGUGGGGAUGCAGAGGCAGGUGCUGAAGGAGAUGGAGCAGCAGCUGCAGAGCUCCCAAAAGACAGCGGCUCAACUCAGAGCUCAGAUCGUGAUGUAUGAGGCUGAGCUUGAGCGAGCCCAUGGGCAGAUGCUGGAGGAGAUGCAGGCCAUGGAAGAGGAGAAGAAUCGUGCCAUUGAGGAGGCGUUUUCCCGUGCCCAAGUGGAGAUGAAGGCGGUGCACGAAAACCUGGCAGGCGUCCGGACGAACCUGCUGACACUGCAGCCAGCGCUGCGCACCCUCACCCAUGACUACAACAGCCUGAAGCGUCAGGUCCGUGACUUCCCCCUGCUCCUCCAGGAGACCCUGCGGAGCGCCAGGGCAGAGAUUGGCCAGGCCAUCGAGGAGGUGCACAGCACCAACCGGGAGCUGCUGCGCAAGUAUCGGCGGGAGCUGCAGCUCCGCAAGAAGUGUCACAACGAGCUGGUGCGGUUAAAAGGAAACAUACGUGUUUUUGGGCGAGUCCGCCCCAUCACAAAGGAGGACGGUGAGGGCCCGGAGGCAGCCAAUGCAGUGACCUUUGACGCUGACGAUGAUGCUGUCCUGCACCUCUUGCACAAGGGGAAGCAGGUGUCCUUUGAGCUGGAUAAGGUCUUCCCUCCACAAGCGUCCCAGGAGGAGGUGUUUCAGGAGGUUCAAGCCCUGGUCACUUCCUGCAUCGAUGGCUACAACGUCUGCAUCUUCGCCUACGGACAGACAGGGGCAGGGAAAACCUACACCAUGGAGGGAACAGCAGCCAAUCCAGGGAUCAACCAACGGGCCCUGCAGCUCCUCUUCUCCGAGGUGCGGAGCAAGGCAGCGGACUGGGACUACACCAUCAGUGUCAGCGCUGCUGAGAUUUACAACGAGUCACUCAGAGACUUGCUGGGGAAGGAGCCCCAGGAGAAGCUGGAGAUCAAGCUGUGCCCCGAUGGCAGCGGGCAGCUCUAUGUGCCUGGGCUGACUGAGUUCAGGGUGCAGAGCGUGGAGGACAUCAACAAGGUCUUCGAGUUUGGCCAUGUCAACCGGGUAACCGAGUGCACCAACCUGAACGAGCACAGCUCCCGCUCCCACGCCCUCCUCAUCGUCACCGUCCGUGGCCUUGACCACAGCACAGGGCUCCGCACCACAGGGAAGCUGAACCUGGUAGACCUGGCGGGAUCGGAGCGGGUCGGGCGAUCAGGCGCAGAGGGCAGCCGGCUCCGCGAGGCACAGCACAUCAACAAAUCCCUCUCGGCGCUGGGUGAUGUCAUUUAUGCCCUGCGCUCCCGGCAGGGCCACGUGCCCUUCCGCAACUCCAAGCUGACCUACCUGCUGCAGGACUCGCUCAGCGGUGACAGCAAGACGCUCAUGAUGGUGCAGGUCUCUCCUGCUGAGAAAAACACCAGCGAGACGUUGUGCUCCUUGAAGUUCGCUGAGAGGGUUCGCUCCGUGGAGCUGGGUCCUGUCUCCCGCAAGGCUGAGCUGGCCACCUGGCCCAGCCAGGAGCAGCUGGAGGGUGACUCGCCAGGGACCGCAGCACCUCCUGGCCGGGGCCACACAUCCUCCAGCGCAGGGCAGCUCUCUGGCCGCGCUGCCUCCAUCCGCAGGAAGCUCCAGACCUCAGCCUGACUCGGGGGCAGCCAGAGCUGCCAGGGAAGCUGAGGCCGGUUUCCGUGUGAUGAGUGCCAGCCCCAGCACCAACCCUGCUGCAGGACACAGCCCCUCAUGGUGCUACAGAGAUGGCUGCUGGAAGACACGAAGGCUUCGAUGCCAUCCCCUCGCUCUCCAGGACACGGGACCAGAGGGUGAUGACACCUCUCACCACGAGUAGCAUGGGGCCAGGGUCUCCCUGCAGCCAGACCCCCAUCUCAGGAUGGGGGACAGCUGUGCUGGGCAGGGAUUUGCCCCACUCAGACUCAACUCUGACUCUUGAUUGUUGCUGGAGUGGGGAGCUGCUGGAUGCUCCUGUCUCUCCAGCUUUGAUUUUACAGCAGUAGAGGUAUCUGGCUGAGAGGGGGGCUCAGAGCUGGGCGAGCCCCUAGACAUGUCUCUGUUACCCCAUGGGACCAACCUGGCCACGGCUCCUCCAAAACUACAUCCAGGCAGCUGCCUGAUGUUGUUGGAAACAGCACGUCCUCCAAUUUAAGCCAGAAAAAAAUCCCAGCAUCUCCUUUCCCUGUAGGUUUCUCAAGCCCUGUUGUUGCAUGAAGGCACUCUGGUGCCAUGCAUGAGCCGAGCUGCCGUUCAUCCUGGUGCCAGUGCUGCCAGGGCCCCGCACCGGCCGCUCCGGCACAGAGGGAGAGCGGUCGCGGGGCUGCCUGUGUUACACGGCACCAGAGUGGAUUUUGUGGUCUCAAAUGAAGCUAUUUUAAAGUUAUUUACCAGUUGUGUUGUCAAGAGAGAUCACAGUGUGGUCGAGAUGAAAGUGUUUGAAA